UAUCAUAUACGUAUUGUACAGUAUAAUAAUAAUAGCAACAAUCACAGCAAUAUAAUAGUCGUGUGCAGGCCGCGAGACACGCGGAAAUCCGACACGUCGCUGAUAAUCGGAACGGAUUUCGCUACGAUCGAUUUCGGCGAUUUCUCGUACCUACCUCGCCAGUGCAGUGCACGCGAAUGCCAAUACGAGUACGAUACAUAUACAUAUUAUAUACGCAAUAAUAACCAUAUCGGACUCGCCGAGCACAAACGGAUAACAUAGCGAAUAACACCGUCGCGAAAACAUGACGUUCCCGGCCUGGCCGAUCUGCACUCAUCGCUAUUUUUGUCUGCUCUUGAUAUCGACGUGCUAUUAUUAUGGUGUCACUACGGCCAUUACAGUGGUCGAUCACGUGUCCAAGGAUCGAUACGCAGCUGGAGUUGGCAGCGAUAGGGACACCGUUGACGACACGCACUUGCAAGAGAAAGUGGAAGACGAGGACGCGGAAAACAAGCAUUUCAUGGACGUUUAUUCGUUGCAAAGCGGACCUAAACAAUUGGAAUUUGGACACGUGUUCGAGGAUCCAAACGUCUGGGAACAGAGGUACGAGAAAAAGGAUUUUGAUGCCCAACGGUACCAAGGAAAGGUGAAAUGGGGUGACAAAGACGGCAGUUACGGUGAACAGUAUUGGGAUUUAAACCACGGCGGCGGUGGAUCUAACGAAAACGAAAAAAACGAACCAUACGAAGAACCUACUCCGAUAGAUUACGGACAGGAGAGCCGUCAGAGACCCGUAAUUUAUAAGCCAAUGAUGAUGACACUCCUUAAGAAUAAACCCAAGAAACCCGUUAAAGAUGUACGGAACUAUCCAAAGCGAUUAGUAGAACCACCAGCAGCACCGACAACAAUAAGAAGCUCCACUAAAAAAAACGCUCCUGUUUUAGUUUUCGACAUGAAGACUGGAGUAGUCAUGGACGAAGCCACAGGGAAUAAAUUCAUUUUGAAACCGAUAUAAGAUUAAGAAAUAAUUAAUUCUUAAAUAUUGUUUAAUUGUAUACAUUUACAAUUAUAAAAACCUGAAGUACUGAAGUAUCUAGAUGGGUUAUUAAAUUACAAUACUAUAGUAAACGUAAUUUUUUUUUGUAUUAAAAUUAUGUUAUACUUCAAAUAUUAUAAUUAUACACAAUUGACAAGACCUUUUUUUUUAAUGUACCAAUUAUCGAUUUUUUUGAUUAAACUUUUGAAUUACUAUUAAUUUAAUCAAUUUAUUUUAAAGAUUCAUGCUUCAGAGCUCAUUAAACAGAUAAAAUGUAGAUAAGUUUGAGAAAAACAAAUAUUAGAUAAGUAAAGUUAGUAGGAAUAAUUUUCCGCCAGUAAGUCAUAUGCAGUUAAACUAAAAACGAUUUGUAAAAGUUUUCUCUUUUUUAACAAUCACUCAAAUUUUGAAUAACAAAAUAAACAAAUAACAUUGUAUUAUUAGUUAUUUUACAUAACGCAAAAUGGUGAAAGGUAUUUUUUAAUUAUGAGAAAACCUAAUUAUCAAAUAAUUGGUAUUGAUUUCUAAGUUGAAAACUAAAACAACUUAGAGUUAAAUUAUGUGUUUUUUAAACAACCGCAAGAACGAUGCUUCUUAGGUAGGUUUGAAUAAAAAUCAACGUAU